UAUAAAGUCCAAAGAAUGAGCUUCUCCCCCCGUCAGUACAGAGUCCCCCUCGCUGGAGAUCAGGCGCUGUGCUCUGCCAGCAAGACUGUUCUUUGCAGCCUUUGCUUGUUGGCCCUUCAUCUCCAGGACCGCGGCCUGCCUACCAUGCCCUCCCGGGAGGUGUCUGUCACCCUGCUGCUUCUAGCCCAGGUGGGCUUUUCUGUGAGCCUUGAGGCUAUCCAGUGCCCCCCAUGCUCCGAGGAGAAGCUGGCACGCUGCAGGGUACCCUCUGGAUGUGAGGAGCUGGUGCAGGAACCAGGAUGCGGAUGUUGUGCCACGUGCGCCUUAGCAAAAGGGAUGCUCUGUGGGGUGUACACAUCUCGCUGCGGUUCAGGGAUGCGGUGUUACCCACCCCGGGGAAUGGAAAAGCCCUUGCGCACGCUCAUGCAUGGCCAAGGGGUGUGCAUGGAGCUGUCUGAAGUCGAGGCGAUCCAAGAGAGCAUCCAGUCAACAGAGCAGGCAGAGGUUGAACUCCCUCCCACCAACAACUUCAGCCCCUGCAGCAGCCAUGACCGUAAAUGCCUGCAGAAACAACAAGCAAGAGCCCGGGAGCGGAUAAACAGCGGUGUCAAGAUGAGAAGCCAUGGGAGCCUUGCUCUCCGGGAGGACACCCGGCCGGUGGUUCAAGGCUUGUGUCAUAGUGAGCUUCAGAGAGCCCUAGAGAGACUAGCAGCUUCCCAAACCCGAACCCAUGAGGAUCUCUACAUCAUCCCCAUCCCUAACUGUGACCACAAUGGAAACUUCCAUCCCAAGCAGUGUCACCCAGCAUUGGAUGGGCAACGAGGGAAAUGUUGGUGUGUGGAUCGGAAGACAGGGGUUAAGUUUCCAGGAAGUCUGGAGUUGAAGGGAGAGUUGGAUUGCCAUCAGCCUGUGGAUGGAGUGCAAGAGUGACCAGGCUGAUAAAUGGACAGUGAGACUUGCCUUGACAACCUGCCAAGAGAACUCGUUGUACUUAGUGUUUGAUGAAUAGAUGGAAUGCAAACUGGGGAGUUACCACAAUGCCCCUUUUUCCCUGAGGGGGAAUGAUAAUAGCAGUAACAUCUGCCCCUCUCCUCAAAAUAACUGCAUUAAUCUAAGCAUGAUGUGGCCUAGUCAACCCACAUCUCUCUGCUGUUUAACUGGGUAGCUAUUCGCAUCCACAGCCCAUUCUCCACAGAUGUUGGGAACUGUAUUCCAUUUGAGUGACCACCGAUGACACAAAGCCCUACCAACUUUAAUCUUGAGUACCUCAAUGGGUCUUUUGAGAGUUUCCUCUGAGCAGACCUGCUCUUGUUUUCAGUACAAACUGUUGGGGAACUGGUUCUUCUGCCAAGGUCUGCACCGAGAAAAGGAAAAAAGAGGGGACAAAGCUCUUUCCUCACCUUUCUUAAGGGUCCUCUAAAACCCAGGCUGGUUCAGUAGUGCCUAGACUUCUUCUCAUUGUAAUAUCCUUUAUCUCCUUAAUGCAAGGGAUAAAUUAUGUUUGGGAUGGGAGAAAUUAUGCUAAGUGGGAAGGCCUCAUUUUCCAGCCAUGAUACACUGGGCUUCAGUCCUGGAGGUGGUUUUCAUUGCCAUGGCUUAGUCCUGAAACACUUAAAGCAACAAUAUAGAAUAGAGUAUUCUUGAACAUGUGACGAAAGCACCUCAUAGACCUGAAGACCAAACAAACUUGUUCCAGAGGCCACGUCUCUCCAUCAGAAUAGCAGAGCUUCACUUUGAAUUUAGGAUGUUCCUUCCAGGAAUCUCCCCCUAUUUUGCUAUUUUUGCUUUAAUUUAAAAGAACUGCAAUUGUUAAUCCAUAUUCAAAAUAGGUAUAGAGGUACAACUACAAAAAACUCAGAUCAUAAAACAUAAUCAUUUAAAAAUAAACUUCUGCAUCAUCAUUUUCAUAUUUUAAAAAAAUCAGAAGAAAGCUGGCUGGUAUAAUCCAGAUGAUAUCCUAUCCUCUCUGAGCACCAUUCAGUUUAUUUUCAGACCAAGUAAGGUGAUCUUUGGUGCAUAAGGUAGCAUCUUUGAAAUCUAGAAAACUGAGAUUCUAGGGAAUUUGGUAAUAAUAACAGGCUUCCAAUUUCUAUUAAUAGUGACAAAAGAAGUUUUAGAAAUUGGCAUGGGAGCUGGACUAUAGCAACAUUUUCAAGGAUUGUGCUUUAGCUUGUUUCUUAAAAGUUUAAUAAAAUAAAGGGAAAAAACCCUCAAAAUUGCCCAAUAGAGAUUCACCCGGUAUAGAUAUUUGCUUUCUUCUUCCUUCCAGCCAAGUGUAGCGUAAUUAUAGCCCUGAUAUUAAGGUGUCUACCCAACGCAGGAGUAGUUUCAAACCAAUCUGGAAAUAAAGCUGAAAAUGUUUAGAGCGCACAAGAUUGCAUUUGCCCAUUCUAGAGCCCGGCAUCCAUUACUACUGGGAGGAAGGCUACUUUUUUCUAGCUCACAGCCUUCUUGUGAGUUUUAAAAGGUUUCUAGUUAUAGGGCAAUCAAAGUAAUGCUAUCAGGCAAUUGUUCUGUGGGACAAGGAAUCCCUUCCCCGAAUGAAAUGUUUCUCAUUAGUAAGUGGAACUUGCAUCAUUUGGGGGAGUAAUCCAGAGAUCAUAAUAUUAUGAUCAUAAUUUGCAGAGCUUCAUAAAAAUCCUCAGACUGAGCUGUCAAAAUUUGUUGGCAAAACUACUAAUUUCCUAUGGAGCAGUUUUCUCAUAUUUUGCCUUUAAAAAGACAAUAUAAGCUCCGUGAAGUGCAAAUUAAUUCAUUGUCAUUUUUUAAAAAUUAUCUCCCCUUAGAUUAGGAAGUCCUUUGCAUAAUGUAAGCAACUUACAUCAUCUGGCCUGAACAUCCAGAUAAGCAAAUGGUCAAGAAGGGGACUCUGAAGCAUGUCUUCAGAACAUAUGAUAGUUCUAUUUUUUGACUAAGUCCUUUGCAUUCCAAGGGUGUAAGACCUCAUUACCUGUUUAGAACAACCAUGGGGUGUAGCUCUUCCUGGACUAUAGAUCUUCAGACUACAGGAGGAGAAAUCAUUGUUUGAAUGUUGUCACCUUUAUUAGAUGCCAGCUUUUAGAAAGGAAGCAUUUUGAGUAAGGAACUGAAACUCUCAGCUGCAGCCUUUCUUCCUGAAAUGACAUUAUUCUACAUGUACAGUAGAUUCUUUUUUUAGAAUGUACUAAGAGAAUAAUAUAUCAAAAGAGAGAAACAAAAACAUGGUGAAAGAUAGUACUUGAACAAUAAAAAGGGAGGAAAGGACAAACAAAAAGGGAAUAAAAAGGAAAAAAAACCCCAAAAUAAUUCAUAACACGAGGAAAACAAACAUAUGGUUGAAUCUUAUCUCAAUCUGUAAACAACUACUAUCUCCCAAUAAACCUGUCAACUUGAUAUCUAACAGAGCUAACUAGAGAAAGAGGAAUAAUUAGCAGAUUAUUCACUAUUUCCAAACCCAGGCUGCUUGUGUUGAUCCGAAUAAGAGAGUUUGGGUUUUAUUUGUAUGGCAAACUCUCCAUUGGUUUUAGGAUAUUUACGAUGUGGAUUUGAGGGACCAAAUCCUUUCUGGUAAAUGAAAGGAGAGAGUAGAUUCAGAUCUACUGAAUCUGAAACUGGCUGCAAUCUACUGCUGGAAGGUUUGGGAUUUCAGUUCCUUUCAGUAUGGCCAGUGCCCAUUGGCAAUUGCUUGGGGCAUUUCUAGCUAGAGCAGUGUUUCUCAACCUUGGCAACUUCAAGCUGUGAAGACCCAGCAUGGCUGGCUGGGGAAUUCUGGGAGUUGAAGUCCACACAGCUUGAAGUUGCCAAGGUUGAGAAACACUGAACUAGAGCAUCUGGAAGUCAGCAGGUCUAUUCCAGUCCCCUAGGAGUGCAACUCCCGGAAUUCCCUGGUCAUCUUCAAAUGGUUGGUCUUGUUUUCAUAAUCUUCUGGUGAGCACCAGUCUGGGAAGACUACAAAUCUGACUGGUGAAACACAGCAUUUGUCAUGGAUCGAAACAUGUAAACUUUCAUAUAGUCCAUAAUGGUGGCAUAACAUUAGUUAUUGCUAGCUAGUUUAAUUUUGCCUGUGAUAUUUUCUAGGGCUAGUUUUGGCCCGUGCCUUCCCAUGGGUAUGAGCAAUCUUUUAACAUCUGCAGGUUGCCCUAACCUUUAUGGCAGUGUUUCUCAACCUUGGCAACUUGAAGAUGCGUGGACUUCAACUCCCAGAAUUCCCCAGCCAGCAUAAUGGGUGGAACAGUGAUGGAAAAUGGGUGCGGUCAAGGUUUCUCAUUUUUUCUCCUGAGGUUGUGGGGAGAGUGUUCUCUUUUUAAAAGGAGAUGUUACAUUUCUCUGAGGGAUGAGUGACAGUUUUGGAGUUUUUCCUGCCUCAAAAUGGCACUGCCAAUUUUUGACAGCUGUGGUGCAAAGGGUCUCUGGGGGACACAAAAAGGAGCUGGGGGCCUCAGGUUGCCUAUGCCUUCUUUAUUGCUUUUUUGUCAGUACAGUGCAUCUUUCAAGCUGCAGUUACGUGGGAGUCAAGCCCAUCACAUUCAGUGGGGCUAAUGUCUGAACAGCUAUGCCUCCUAUUGCACUAUUUCAUAUUAAGCCACAUCACACAUAACACCUUUCAGCAUCACCACAACCAAUGCCUAGCAAUUACAUUUCCAUGUGUCAAGAAUGGAAACCAUGAUGCUUUUCUGUUUAGACCCCUGACACUGAAGGUGAACUUUUCUUGAGAGGAGACUGAAUUUCUCAGCACCAGAUACUAAGGCUGUGUACCCUUCAAAAAUGAUUCAUUCUGCAAAUUAAUACAACUCUUAAAGUAGCAGCACAUUUUAACAAUCAGUCCCCUUAGUGGAAUAGCAGAGAAGUGCAGGGUUCAAAAUCCCAUGAGGUCCAAAGCAGUUCUUCUGAGUCCAUUUUGAAGCAGGCACAGUCCUGCUAGAUGUGUUCUGUCUCAUAUCUGGGAACAUAUGACAUCUUCACAGCCAGUGGCUCUGUUCAGACAGCACGCUUAACCCAGUCAAAUCUGGCAGUAUUGUAUACAUCUGUAUAGUGCAUUUCCUCAACCUGUCAGGCUUUUGCAUACAAUAAGUGCUGUGAUUAUCUGCUAAUAUAUUCGUUGCAAUGUUUUUGUUGCUGUGAAUUUUAUUGCUCUUAAUUGUAUUUUUUUUUAAAAAACAAACUUUUAAAA